AAAUGGAACCAAAUAUUAUUAAGUAGCUAUGGACGUUGUAGGUGCUAAGGUCUUAGCUGCAGUAACUAUAGGUUUAUCGAGUUUAUUUCUUGGUUUACUACCGGUUUGUUUUGUGCUACAAAGACAACGAAAUUGGACACUAUGUUUAUCGUCUUUGUUGUGUUUCGGAGGAGGUGUGCUAAUGUCGACAUCAUUAAUUCACAUGCUUCCAGAAAUCAGACAUGACAUGCCGAAAUAUGCGGAGAUUAUACUUUGCAUAGGCUUCUUCAUAGUUUACGUGCUUGACGAAAUUGUUCAUUUUUUUUACGGCGACGCUCACACGCAUGGAAUUAGUAGUAGUGGUAAAAAUUACGGUUCCGUACACCGCAAGCAAUCUCAUAGUGAGUGUAGUCACCAUAGUGUCGAAGAAAGCGUAAAAUUGUUUGAAGAAAAUAAUUGUGACGACCACCCCCCUUCACAACUGUGCCACGUUGGUCAUCAAGGGCCGUGUAACGCAUCGCCAAUAGGAAACUUGGGGCUUUUAGUCGCUUUAUGUGUUCACUCGAUUCUUGAGGGUUUAGCUAUUGGGCUACAGUCGUCUAGUGGACAAGUAUUAUUACUUUUAGGUGCAGUAUCGUCCCAUAAGUUAGUAGUCAGUUUUUGUUUAGGAGUAGAAAUCGCCUCGAGUGCUCAGUCGUUUCUCCAUCAUUUUGUGUCCAUUUCAAUAUUUUCCGGAGGUUCCGUAAUUGGAAUCUUCGUUGGAAUGGGAAUAAAUCAAAUACCUGCAAAUGUAUAUGGCGGUUUAUUCCCAAUUUUACAAGGAUUAGCUGCGGGUACGCUGUUGUACGUAACUGUGAGUGAAGUUAUACCUAGGGAGCGAGCAAGGUGGCACAAACAGCACCGUUACAGAAUUGCUGGAAUAUGUCAGCUUAUUUCUGUUAUACUUGGAUUUGCAAUCAUGUCUGUUGUUACUGUGUGGUUGACUCAUGAAGAGAUUGAAGAAGGUGUAACUGAACAACCAUAGGAAAACGAGACAAUCAUCAAGUAGACUAAUUGUAUUUAUUAACGUAGGUAUAUUUGUAAAAUGAUCUACUAACUAAUUAUGUAAGUAGUGUAGCUGCAUACUCCGCAAUUACAGCUACGGCGGUAUUAGGGAAAUUA